AGUGCGCAUGCGCAGAAACCGAACCCCCGACGUUGGCGGCCUACUGAAAAAAAGGUCUUUUGGUGUGCCUCGGUUUAAUGCAAGAUGGCGCGGUAUUUGAGACCUCCAAACACUUCUCUUUUCAUCAGGAAUAUUUCUGAUGAAAGCAGGCCAGAGGAUUUGCGUCGCGAGUUCGGCCGUUACGGCCCUAUUGUAGAUGUCUACAUUCCCGUUGACUUCUAUUCCCGUCGGCCAAGAGGAUUUGCAUACAUUCAGUUCGAGGACGUCCGCGACGCAGAAGAUGCUCUUCACAACCUGGACCGGAAGUGGGUCUGUGGGAGACAGAUCGAGAUCCAGUUCGCCCAAGGAGACCGGAAAACCCCAAAUCAGAUGAGGUCCAAAGAAAGGCGUUCUCCUCGCAGCUUCUCCAGAUACGACGAUUAUGAACGCGAUGGCCGUUACCGGCGCUCCAGGAGUCGCAGCUACGACAGACGUCGUUCCCGCAGCCAGUCGUAUGAGCGCAGGCCUCGCCGCUCCGAUAGUCCCCGAGAGAGACACAGAAGAAGCAGGAGCCGUGACAAUGACAGGUCAAGGCACAGACGAGAUCACGGACGAGGGCACCGCGGCGCUCCCUCCCGUAGUCGCUCGGGUUCGCGCUCCCCUUCCCCCGACUCCAGGCUCAAAAUGAAAAGCAGGAAAUCCCACUCCGAGUCCCGCUCACCACGUCCGGCCGCCAGCGAGGACGCACCACAGUCCGGCGGCGCACGAGAGGACGAGGAAACCCGUCCCAGAUCAGCGUCUCGCUCCUGCUCUCGCUCAGUCUCCCGUUCGCGCUCCCGCUCUAGAUCUUGGGCCGGACGCAAAUCCGGAGGCCAUUAGGACUGGACUCUGUGUGAGGAUCGGAGGUGUUUAAUACUGUAACUCGUGCAGCUCUCUGGCAAACUGUAUAACUAGUCAUAUAACAGCCUCUCUUUGUUUUUUUCGGGAAGUUUUGGUUUUUGCAGGUUUCCUUUCGGAAAACGUGUAAUUCUUGUUUCUUCUUCAGCAAUAGGUUUCAGGAUCAGUGGAUGUUUGUGUUGCGAAACACCCAACAUUAUCAUCAUUACUGAUUAAUAAUCAAUGUGAUCCAGUGUUUUGUUUUUGUUUUGUUUUUUGUAACAGCUCAGUUAUUUUUGUCCCUUAGUUAUUCAAUUUGGUGAUGAACCUGCAAGACGGCUGGUGUUUGACUUGUCACCAAAAAAAAGUGUCUAGCCUUUGAUCAAAAAGGACAGAUUUAUGUUAAAUUUAUACUUGUGAUACUUAGAAAUAUAGUUAUCAAAAGAAGCAUUGUAGAGAGUACAGUAUUUUCAGUGUGUAUUUUUUUUGUAUCGGAUCUGAAAUGUUCUCGGUUUGUAUAAAUAUCUUGUUUUAAUCUAGCAUAGCUAACCUGGAUAUCCAGCUGACAUCCCAACCAAAUCUCUUAGACUUGUAGAAAGAAACUCAGCUGUCUUCCAGGAGAUUAAACAUUGAGCUUUUUUCCCCUCCUCCCCCUUUUUUAAAAAAAAAGUUGAAUGAUAAAUGUAUUCCUUAUUUUGUCAUGUUGCUAAAGCUACAGCAACGUUUUACCUUUUUCAUGCUGGAGAUGGAGCAGAAACGUGAGUGAAAAGCUCGUGUGUGAAUAAAAUGUACACUUGGUUGUUUAAAA